AUGGGCACAAGCACUUCUUACCCAUUGCGAGUGAAAUUGACUGGAAUCACACAAUCUUCAUCAAUUUCCCACUUGGUAGAAAUCGGUCCUUCUAGGCAAGGGGCCUGCACCACAUUUGUUUUGCAGCUGGCCGUCCCUUGGAGUCGAGAUGCAGGGACAGGAGGAGACGACCCGCUGCUAGUGAAUGAAUGUGCCCCGGCGCCUCCCUGGAGGCGUGGCCUGUUGGUGGGUGUGGCCAAAGCUCCUGGAAAACUCUGCAGGGUGUCCUCAAAGCCAGUCAGCUCUGAAAUCAGAAUCACUUCCCAGAGACCUCACAGGAAGACUGAGGCAGAGCUGAGGCUCUGGGCGCUGACAGACAUGGCUAACACAGAAGUCGGGAAGGCUGGAUCUGCGAAUUCUGAGGAGCUCAGCCCUUCUUCAGAGAGAAAGCAGCCUCUAGACCAGAAGGGCGAAGAUGAAGAGCCUUCGCCUUUGGAAAGUGGGGGAAACAGCGGGAAGAGCUCCCUGGAGGCCUCUCCCGUGAGACGAGGGAGCAGCAGGCAGAGUCGUAGGGAGGCCAAGAACUCCAGGCAGACAAGAUCCAGGCACAGCUCGGGUGGCUCCCGCCUUGAAGAGAAGAGGAGUUCGAGCCCACCUCCCGCCAGAAAGAGAGGAAGGGACAAGCCUGAGUCUACCAGAGCGAAACAACACCGGGCAAGAGAUUCCCGGCACUCAAAACACCCUGUCAAGGACAGAAGGGCCCACCCUAGAUCAACUGGGAGGACUGUCCAGCGUAGGCAUCGCAGAGACACACUCGCUGCUCCUCCAUACAACUCUCUCAAGAGGGGCAGACAACAUUCUCCAAAAGCCUGCUCAUCCAGGUCGCUCUCACCGCUGUCCAGAGUCAUCACCCACGUGAGUGCCUUGGAGGUGGUCCUGGAAAACCUGCAGGUCCCUGGAGGGGCCUUCCUGCGUGUGCCCUCCAGCAGCAGGGAGCCCACCGUCUCGCAGCGCGCCUGGCUCACAUGGCAGCUGUCCCAUGCUGGGGCCGCGCUGCACUGGGCGCUUUACAUAGUCAAUUACAUCUUGGCUGUGCAGGUCUGGAUGCCGAGGUAG